GGGGAGGGGGAUUGGGGGUGCACAGCGAUGCCGCCAUGUGCCUUUACAUAACAGCUGGGUCGGGCUGCUGCUGUACUGCUGGGGCUGGGAGAGGGGUAAACCGCUGGCCACCACCACCACCACCACCACCAUCACCACAGCAGCAGUGAAGCUCGCGCUGCCGCAUUGCUCAGGGGCUGUCAGAAGCGUGUGACGUACGAUUAGGAAGAAGACACGUUUGUGCACGAAGUUCACGCGCAGCGCCACGGGACGGGAGGAUGCGGGGUCGCCUACUGUGAGGAACAUUAGAUAUGCUAAUAGUUGUUAUUUUAUCCGGGCUCGCCUUCAAAUGAACGCAACUCAGUCAGUCAGUAGGCUUGCAAGGGUUCACUUACGCCACCACGCAUAUAACGGGCUUGUGCCGCGGAUUAACGGAUUGCUAUCACCGGCCAUUGCCCGCGGCGCUUUAACAGGCGGUAUACUCACACAAACCCGCACCGCGUGUUGACUUUUGUACCUGUCGACGUUUGGCCGACGGUAAUAGGACUAAAGCAGAGGGGUGGAGCCGCGAGCCAUGAGUAAAUGACGUCAACUCCCAGGUCGCCAAAGAGUGAAACAAACAUGGCGACAGAGUGGAGCGGGCAGCAAGGGUAUGUUCUGACUUUGAUGAUCUUUCUAUGGAGUGCGGUCGGAGGGAGGACCGAGACGGGGCCAGCCGCGGGCGGCGGCGCCGGCGGCAGCGGCACGCACGUGCUUGGUAUGCGGCUGGAGAAAAGCGACAAACCGAGCGGCACCACGGACGGCGGGGUCAUCCAGGUAACGGAGGAGAGUACCGUCCAGCUCCGGUUCUACGGAGUGCACUUACACUCGGACACCUGGACGCAAAUCCGCUUCACGGAGCUCGCGAAUGAGGACGACGAGGAGGAGGGGGGCGGCUCCCCUCAUGACAUGUCGCUCGGGAUGGACCCCGCGAACAGGACUUGCGCCGACUUUACCAAGGAUAUCAGCGUGGGCACGUUCAUGAACGUCAGUGGUCGCGGGACCACCGGCGUGCUCAGCAUCAACGUGAAGCCGCUCCGCAAGAGCGAGCCGCGGAAGGAGUACGCGCUGUGCGUGCGCAGCGUGGACGGCAGCCGCUGGGUGCUGUUCGGGGACAGCGACGGCCGCUUCCUGGUGGUGGAGGCGAAGAAGUCCCUGCUGCCCAUGUGGUUCCAGUGCAUCCUGCUGUGCUGCCUUUUGGUGUUGUCGGGCAUGUUCAGCGGGCUGAACCUGGGCCUCAUGGCCCUUGACCCCAUGGAGCUGCGCAUCGUGCAGAGCUGCGGCACCGAGAAGGAGAAGAAGUACGCCCGCAAGAUCGAGCCCAUCCGCAGCAAGGGCAACUACCUGCUGUGCUCCCUGCUGCUGGGCAACGUGCUGGUCAACACCACCCUGACCAUCCUGCUGGACGACCUCAUCGGCUCGGGCCUGGGCGCCGUGGUGGCGUCCACGGUGGGCAUCGUCAUCUUCGGCGAGAUCGUUCCGCAGGCGCUGUGCUCGCGCCACGGGCUGGCGGUGGGCGCCAACACCAUCAUGGUGACCAAGUUCUUCAUGCUGGUCACCUUCCCGCUGAGCUUCCCCGUCAGCAAGCUGCUAGACGUGCUGCUGGGCCAGGAGAUCGGCACGGUGUACAACCGGGAGAAGCUGGUGGGCAUGCUGAAGGUGACGGAGCCGUACAACGACCUGGUGCGCGAGGAGAUGAACAUGAUCCAGGGGGCGCUGGAGCUGCGCAACAAGACGGUGGAGGACGUGAUGACGCCCAUCGGGGACUGCUUCAUGAUGGUGUCGGACGCCGUGCUGGACUUUGACACCAUGUCGGAGGUGAUGGAGAGCGGCUACACGCGCAUCCCCGUGUUCGACGGCGAGCGCUCCAACAUCGUGGACAUCCUGUACGUCAAGGACCUGGCCUUCGUGGACCCCGACGACUGCACCACGCUGAAGACCAUCACCAAGUUCUACAACCACCCGGUGCACUUUGUGUUCCACGACACCAAGCUGGACGCCAUGCUGGAGGAGUUCAAGAAAGGUAAGUCCCACCUGGCCAUCGUCCAGAAGGUGAACAACGAGGGGGAGGGAGAUCCCUUCUACGAGGUGCUGGGAUUGGUCACCUUGGAGGACGUCAUCGAGGAGAUCAUCAAAUCAGAGAUCCUGGAUGAAUCCGAUCUUUACACCGACAACAAGAACCGGAAGAAGGUGGAUCCCAACAAGAACAAGAGGGACUUCUCGGCGUUCAAGAACGACGGGGACAGCCAGGUGAAGAUCUCCCCCCAGCUGAUGCUGGCGGCUCACCGGUUCCUGGCCACAGAGGUCAGUCUGUUCAGCCCCUUCCUGGUGACGGAGAAGGUGCUGCUGAGGAUCCUGCGUCACCCCGACGUCAUCCAGGAGGUCAAGUUCAACGACAGCGACAAGCGCUCGCCGCACCACUUUGUGUACCAGCGGGGCCGGCCCGUAGACUACUUCAUCCUCAUCCUGCAGGGACGUGUGGAGGUGGAGGCGGGACAUGAGAACAUGAAGUUUGAAACCGGACCGUUCUCCUUUUAUGGGGUCAUGGCCCUGAGUACCCCAUCCUUGGCUGUCACCCCCCCUCUCUCCCCCUCAGUGGCGUCCCCCCCUCCGAGACGCCUCUCUCUUAAGAGGUUUUCUGUGUUCUCCCGUUUCCCAGAGUUCCGCUCUCCGUCUCACGCCGGCGGUCUGAACCGCUCCGCCUCCCUGAGCUGUACUGAGCGCGCUCCAGACGCCCCGGGCUCCGUGGGCGGCAGCAACUCCCAGCUCCCCGGCACGCCCUUCCAGUACACGCCCGACUUCUGCGUCCGCGCCCUCACCGACCUGCAGUUCGUCAAGAUCACGCGGGCCCAGUACCAGAACGGCCUGCUGGCCUCCCGGCUGGACAGCAGCCCCCAGACCCCCGAGGCUGGCCACCCCCGCCUGGACACCUCCUUCUCCCUGCCCCCCAUCAGCCCCCCGGCCCCCCGCGCCUCCGUCCCCCUGGCGACCCCGCCCGCCCCGCGCCCGCCCGCCCUGUCCCAGCCCGCCCCGCCCCCCUCCGCCCGCUCCACCCCCCCGACCCCCCCCUCCUCCUCCUCCUCCUCCUCCUCCCCGAGGGACCCCCACCACCACCACCACCUCCCCCACGCCCACCACGCCCCCCCGCUGGCCCAGACGCCGCUGGUCACCGCGGCGACCACGGCGCCGGGGGGCGACCAGCUCUCCAAACCCUCGCCCUCGCCCCCGCCCCCGCCGCUCCCCGCCUCCUCCCCGCCGCGCCCGGAGCACGUGGCCCCGCCGGGCGAGACCACAACGCUGCUCGGCGAGCACCAGAACUGCAGCGGGCCCCCCGCGGCAGUGGGCGUGGGGGCCGGCACGGCGCGCAAGCCCAGCCACCCCUACGCCCACGUGCACACCAUCAGCCACGCACACACCGAGAGCACUAUUUAGCGACGUGACCCCCCCCGGGGAGGGGCCACUCUGUGAAUAUUACAUUAUUAUUACACACACACACACACACACACACACACACACACACACACACACACACACACACACACACACACACACACACACACACACACACACACACACGCACACGCGCGCGCGUUCCUGAUCUUUGACCUGACCUCAUGAUGGAUGGAGAGGACCUCCCCUCCAUCGUCCCCCCUGCAUGACCUCUCCUCCCCCCCGCCCGCCCCCCCAGAGCGUUGGGGCGGGUGCCGCUGCACCCCCCCAGACGUGUACAUACCCUAUGCAGAUCUGAAGAGGGGUUUUCUUGUUGUUUUUCCCUUUGGCGAGAUUGUGCUGUGGGUCGGGUCAAAUGGACCAAAAACAGAAAAUGAGAUUUCCGCUAUUGUCGUGUGUUUCCAUGGUGAUCGUUCUGAGGACCUAAGGGGGAUCACGCAAGCCUCACUCCACCAGAGUGUUGCGUUGGGUUGAGUUAUUUUAAAUUUUUUGGGGGUUUCUGUUCAUGAAAAAUAUGGAUUGUUGUUGAUGAAAGCUGAUAUUUUCACAGCUUGGAAGUGUUCCAAUGGACCUCCAUUUGUUUGUUUAGGGUUUGUUUGUUUGAAUUCAUUUAUUUAUUCUUUGAAACUUAGACGGCGUGGGCAACUCCGCCUAGUAAGUUUUGAAACAUAUGGCGCAACAAACUAUGUAUUUUGAUUUAUUUUAAUGCAUUUUCUGUUUAUGCAUAUGCAAAUUGUCUUUUGCUGUUGUCCGUGACAACGUAGAGUACAGCUCAUCGAUGAGACCAAGGGAAUCCACUGCUAGGGAGUCAGCUUGGUGCGAUAUCUAGGAGGGCAUUAUUAACACUGAACCACAGUUUAAGUGAAACAUUAGACUGUAAUAUGAAUCGGUCCAAACCGGUUCCCACGGCCUGUGUCGAAACAAGUCAAGAAUCGGCUUUGGAGAUCUUACCAGAAGGUGGUAACGUCAGCUCAACCCUGAUCUCAUUGCAAAACAGUCAUUUAAUCGUAAACCACUGUUCUAUUUAUUCUGUGCAAUGUUGGUUUUUACCUAUUUAUGGUGCAUUUGAUUUACAUUGUUUGUUUGAUGUAUUUAUUUGAUCAGAUAAUUUUUCCACAUCUUCGCCGUUCCUUGGGAACGCUCUCAUUCUAAAUUCAAGGACGCAGCUGGAAUUUGACAUGACGCCAGCCCUCAUACGGAUCUCUCUAUCAACACACACUCCCUCUGGCACAUCCCCACCACCACCCUCCACACAGCCUCACUCAGCUCCCUAUCGUCGCCUUGACCUUGGGGGGGGGUAUUGCUUGAGUUAACGUUGUGCAAAAUGUUGGACCACUGUACAAUGCUUCCAUUACCACUGCAUGAUGUCACCCCUUUUUUUUGAUUUCUAUUUCAAGUUGAGUCUCACGUUGGAUGUUUGUUUGAGGAUGAACGAAAUGACUGGAUUGUGACCUGUACCGAAACAUAAUUCGGUUGCUUUCAAGCUCUUCGUCCAGCGAGUUCUCUCUACAGUUCCAUGUCACUGUUGCGUCGUGACCUCACACUUUAAGUUUGUGUAUGCUUUAACUUAUUUAUUUAUUGAAUUACCGUUGCAGAUGUUUUUAUUUUGAAGGAGGUAGCAAGCUCUUAUUUUCAAAGGACGACCAAAACUGUUCUGUUCUGGGCCAAAGCAGGCUCUGAAUAAGGUGUUGUACUGUAGCACAUGGCAUUUUAAGACGAUUUCCACAAACGUGUAGCACGGCUACAUUGACACCUAUAGCGUUGUGUGUCACUGUGGCCUAAAUUCACAAGUGAAACCUAACGAUUCAACUGUACAAUUUAUUUUCUUAAUAGAUGGCUCCUGAAGUGGUGAUCUGAAAUCACUGUAGCUAUGACCUCACAUCCAGAAGGAAGGCUGGAGUCUAGAAUAUUCCAGACAGUUGGGGUCCUGGAGGAGGCUGUCAUUUUUAUUUAUGUGAGUAAAGCCGUGGUCAGAAGGUAAAAGCAUACUAUAGACCUCAUUCACCUAGCAACCAUUUGGGUUCCUUACCCAUCUCCAAUCUUAGGUGUAACUGUGAAAACUCAAUGCACUGCUUUUAGCUGUGCAAUCCAUUGUCUCACCCAGGUAGCACUCAGAAUGCUAACCUUCUAGAUUCCAGGUUUACCGUGGCAACCAGGCUGCUAGGUGAAUAAGCUCUAUUGGACUGUAUGAAAAACAGGCGAGUAGGCUAGCACCUCAAUACGGGCCGAAGAGAAACGACAAAGAGAAGACGAUUGUGUAGCUUCUCUGAUGGGUGAAGGCAGGCUCCGAUGUUGAUGCCGAUAGCAUGUCUUUAUUUUAAUGUUUGUUCCUCCUAUGUAUGCUGUGAUGCCGAAGUCCUAUAAAAUGUAGAGAUGAGUUAUUUUAUUGAUCAUAGUUGAAGCAAUUUAUUUUACUUUAUAUGUUAGAAAAAAAAAGAAUCUAUUUGUAUAAGCACUAGCACUGAUAUGAAGGAAGUUAGAGUAGCUGCAUAUAAUUUACAUAGUAUACAUACUAUUCAGAAUAAACAGAUAUUUAAACGUGAAACAUGACUCCCAAAGAAUUCCCCUCUCUUCCAUCCUGAUAAUAUUUUGGAAGUGAAAUAGAAAAAAGAAAUCCUGUUGCGUUCGAUUUUGUCAAGGACAGACAAAACACAACCCUUUCAGGUCUUUUUGAGAGGAAAAAGACUGUCAUUUUUGGAAUGAAGGGAUUCUCUAGUCAUCAUAGCCUUAUGUUUUGAAGCGAUGAUACAGACCUGCCUGCUGGUUCACUACAGGUCACGUGGUUGUCUUCUAGACCGUUCGGGGUAAGCCACUGGUUGGCUGCGUGACUAUGUACCGAAGUAUACGUGUGAAAAGAAGAAAAAAAGUUAGAAUUGUUCAUUUAUUUAUUGUAACUGAUAUGUUUGUGUUCAAGGCUCCCACCACGAGGAGUGGAUCUGUUGUAGCCUACCGGGCUACCAACGAUGAGGCACACGUUUCAGUGGUUUUGAGCCUUGCCCUUAAAGUUGUGUUUUUUUUUGUUAUUUAUGUUAUGUUCCUGUAAAUAUUCAUGUGAGAGACGGGCAUUUGUUCUUUAUGUCACUUUGGGGGGGGAAAUAUGCUUUUUGAAGUUCUCUCCAUUGUUCUAUUCUGUUGUUUGAGAGGAAAACAUUAUUACAUAGCAAUAAACAUUUCAGAUUGUU